AUGGCGACUCUGGUACCCCGCGUGCAUCUCCUCCAGGCGCAAGGACAGGGCUGCCCUGGAUUGCGGUUCCUCGAGCCCGAGGCCUUCGUGGAGGAGCUCACCCGUCUUAGCUUCGCCAUCGUCUGCUGCCCCAAAGAGGUGGCCCAGCCGGUGGCCUGUGCCAUGCAGCGGGCGGAGGCCCUCCUAAGCAUCCCCGCGGCGACCGGCCUGUGCUUGAACUACAAGCGACAAAAGGAUCUCAAGCAGCGGCUCCAGGUAAGGCGAACCGGCCAGGACCUGCAAGCCUCUGCAGAGGAUGAUCCCAGGGUGCUGGCCUCCUCCUUUGAGGUCAUGGAAGCGGUGGCACAGGCUUCGAUGGAGGCUUGGUGCGAUAGCCAAGGCGUCCCGACGCAGGCUGCGAAGAGCCACUUUGGCGACCUGUCUUUCGGGGAAGAGGCUUACCCCGAGCAAGGGCAGCAAGGGCAGGAGUCUGCGAUUGGAAAGGGCAAAUCUGUAUUGAACCUCUACCAUUAUUUCAACCAAGAUCCUUCCGAAGAGCCAUGUCGCCAGCAUGCUGAUCCUGGACUUGUUACUGUCCUUUGUCUCAGCAGCACGAAGAAGGGCCUGGAGGUGCGGCUGCCCUUGAGACCUGGCGGUGCGCCUGGCAAGUCUGCCACGUAUGAUGAAGAGUGGCAGGACGUGGAGGCUGCCAUGGACAGCGCCUUGAGUACAAAACGCACGGCACGCGCAGAACCAGAGUCGGAAAGGUCGGGAAGGUCGGGAAGGUCCGGGCAGGAUGAGUUCUGCUUCCUGGUGAUUGCGGGCGAGACCCUGGAGCGCCUAAGUGCAGGCCAGCACCCUGCCUGCCUCCAUCGCGUGGCCCACAUAUCUGAACCGCGCUUCAAUAUGGCCUUCGAGCUUCGGCCCCGCUGCAAUGUCUGGCACCCCUGGCAGCAGCUUGAAAAGGCACCAUGA